AUGCUGAAGGAGAACAACCCAGAAGGCUACCAACUCUAUCGCCGCCUCUCCAAGACCCAUGGCCGCAGCGGUCCGUUCUAUGGACUUGUGAAAACUCACAAAUACUCAUCACCUCCCAGCACCGACGACGACAGACUCAACUGGAUCUCCAACUUGAAACUGAGACCAAUCUGCCCAGCCCACCGCGGUGCAGAUUACGAGUUGACCAAGCAUCUGACGAAGUGUCUGAAAGUCCUCCCACGCCCUCCACACUCGGUCAGCUCUCCACUGCAAGUCCUGGAGAUGCUACAGAACAUGACGCAUGCGGUCAACAGCUGCCGUCUCGUCUCCCUGGAUGUGGAGGCGAUGUUCCCGUCAAUACCUACUCAGACAGCCAUCUCACUGAUUCGUACUCAGCUGCGAGACAACAGAGACGCCCUCUCCGACGUAACUUGUCUCAAGCCCGACGCAGUCGCUGACCUGCUGAACAUCUCUAUCCAGAACUGCCAUGCGGUCAUUCAAGACGGUGACAAGGAGCGAUGGUUCAGGCAGACUACCGGCCUAGCCAUGGGCAAAAGCUACUCUCCGGUGGUCGCUGACCUGUACAUGGGUCACUGGGAGGCUGAUCUGGAGCUCCUGGCGGCCAACUGUGGUGGCAGGGUCCAUGCUUUCUGCCGAUACGCGGACGACUACCUGGUCUUGUUCGAGGGCAGUGACGACAUCCUCAGCACGUGGGUCAACCAGCUGAACAGCAAGGACUCCAGCAUCAAUGUCACCACUGACUUGGAAGUAAACCGACAGCUACCGUAUCUUGACAUCUGCAUCACUAGAAGAGACGACAAGUUCUGCACCAAGGUCUACAGGAAGUCCUGCAACACCAACCAAGUGCCUGCCUUCAGCUCCUACACCGAGACCCGCUACCUGAGAGCGGCCAUUCGAUCUGACUGCACUCGAGCGAUCCGAUACUGUUCGUCCAUGAGAGACCGCCAGCAGGAGCUUGACUUCAUCCGCCAGAAGUUUCAUCAUCAUGGCUACCCACGAUCAUUCAUCGACUCGGCCAUUCAGAAGACUCUGACCGAUCUCAGACUGAAGGCAAGGGCCCUACCAGCGCCACCUAGCGCGAACUCACACCCGGCGCCUGUCCGAGUCUCUGUUCCGUUUGCCGGCCCCCUGUUCUACCAACUCAAACGGGAGGCCAGCAAGAUCGGGAUCCAGCUCGUCUCCAAGCCUUCAGUCACCAUCGGCUCGCUGCUCUGCAGCAAGGCUAAGCACCAACUGCCUAAGCUACAACAGAGCAACGUCAUCUAUCGGAUCGAGUGCUCCUGCCAACCAUACGAGGUCACCCGGGGCGUACGUAUGCUCGACGAGGCGAGCGUCGUGUUUGAUCUUAUUUUUAUCGUGCGCGGCAACGCUAGCUGCGUGCAGCUGCUGAUCUGUGCGCUGGAAACGCCCAAACAAAACGUGUGA